UCUGUGAACAAUCAGCCUUCAGUUAUUUAUUAGCGCACAGAGCCGCGGCGCUGCAUUCAGUCUACAGAAGGCAGGCUCGCUGAACAGAGAGCAGCUCAUCUCACAGUCGGUCUGGGACGCGCUUCUCUACUGCCCCAGUAUUCAAUGAGCACAUUGUGGAUUAUUUUUAAUUUUCGGCGAUUGAAAAGCAAGAUUUGUUUACACACACAUUCCCGGCUUUCUGGCAGAUAUGAAGCUGUAAUCUGUUAGUGAAGCCCAGCAUCCAAAUACUUCAUUACUUGUCUUCGUUUGGUGUGAACACAGCCCUGCAAUAAUAAUGAGAACAGCGGAGGAAUCGUCUGGCACGGUUCUGCACCGGCUAAUUCAAGAGCAGCUACGCUAUGGCAACCUGAGUGACAAUCGUACCCUCCUUGCCAUCCAGCAACAAGCCCUACGAGGAGGAGGAGGAGGUGGAGGUGGCAGCAAUGGUGGUGGUUCAGGGAGCCCCCAGUCUUCCGAAGAAAGUUUGUCACAAGAUGACAACCAGCUAAUGCAAAUGUCUGCACGCCAAGAGCCUCAAGGCCAGGAGCACCAGGGUGACCAUCCUCACUCUGAAAGCAACUUGCGGCGUCUUUAUCAGCUCCAUGAAGAAGAGCUACCAACCUAUGAGGAGGCAAAGGCCCACUCUCAACUUCUGGCUUCCCAACGAGGUCAAUUGGCCUAUCCCAUGGUGCCUGACAUCAAGCAAAUGGAAACAAGUGUUAGCGUUCAUCAAGAUGAGGGCCUCAAAGACCUCAAGCAUGGUCAUGUGCGUUCUCUCAGUGAACGAUUAAUGAUGCUUUCACUGGAGAGAAAUGGGGCCAAAAUGCACUCUGCAAUGAGUUCCUCACAUAGUUUUCCACAGCUGUCCAAGUACAAUGUGUAUCGGAAUGUUCCAGGUUACCAGCAAGUGGUUGAGCAACGUGGACCACCACCUGAAUACCCCUUUUUGGUCAGAUCCCCAGGAACCAUGUUGAGCUACUCCCAGGAGCAAGGACAACUGUACAGUGAGCAGGCAACCUCGCUUCACUCCCAUACCAACAGGUACAUGCAGGUCCACCACUCCCAAGCUCCUGGUCCACGAACUAUCGCCUUGUCCACGGUGAGCCCUGUGGCAAUGGAAGCUUUCAGAGUUCCCUCAGGAAAUGGUCAAGUGAUGCAUAUGGAAAUGCUGAUGAAGGAAAAUGAGAGGUUGAAGAGGGAGCUGGAGAACACAAAUGAGAAAGCCACCAGGAUUCAGAAGCUGGAACUUGAAAUCCAGAGGAUAUCUGAAGCCUACGAGACACUUAUGAAGGGCUCAUCAAAACGUGAAGCACUUGAGAAAGCCAUGAGAAACAAGAUGGAAGGGGAAAUACGACGGCUACAUGACUUUAAUCGAGACCUGAGAGAACGUCUGGAUUCAGUGAACAAGCAGUUAGCCACCAAGGAGCUUGAAGCUGCAGAUGAGAAUCAGAACAGCCUGGCACAGCUCCGCACACAAAAUCGAGAACAGCAGUGGGAAAAGGAAGCCCUGGAACGUGAGAUUGCCACCCUACGGAGCUCCAAUGAAGAGCAGAGGAGGCGGCUGGAGUUGAUGGAGCAGGCUCUGAACAGCACGCAAGCCAAGUCAGCCCGGUUAGAAGACGAGCUUCGCAGAAAGCGGGCCUAUGUGGAGAAGGUGGAGAAGCUGCAGCAUGCACUUUCACAGCUGCAGGCAGCCUGUGAGAAGCGGGAACAGCUGGAGCAGAGGCUCCGGACCCGGUUGGAGCAGGAGUUGAAGGCUCUUCGUGCACAGCAGCGGCAAGCCAACAACCAAGGAGCAGCCCCUCUGUCAGAGCACAGUGCACCUGCUCUCCUUGAGCGUCUCCGAGAGAAGGAGGAGAGGAUUUUGGCCUUGGAAGCUGACAUGACAAAAUGGGAGCAGAAGUACCUGGAAGAAAGCACUAUGCGUCAGUUUGCUAUGGAUGCUGCCGCCACUGCUGCUGCUCAAAGAGACACGACCAUCAUCAAUCACUCUCCUCGAAAUUCUCCCAACAGCAGCUUCAAUGAAGAUCUACUCAUCGCUAACCAUCGGCACCAAGAAAUGGAAAACAGGAUCCGAGCUCUCCAUGCCCAGAUCUUGGAAAAGGAUGCUGCCAUUAAAGUUCUUCAGCAGCGAUCGAGAAGAGAGCAGGGGAAAGGAGAUCAGCCAGUCCUCCGACCUGCCAAAUCAGUGCCAUCCAUUGCUACUGCUGCAACGGGGCAGAGCUGGUCAAGAAGUGAGCAACUGGGAGACACAGCCGUGCGAGAAGCACCAGCUAAGGCUGUGCCCAAUGACCAGAGGCCGGCCUCACCUUUACCUCCUGUGCCCACCCACUCUAAACACAACAGCCAGGACAGAAGCACUCAAACGGAGGUCAGCAGUGAGCCUCCAGCAGCAGGAGGGUCAGGAGCAGCCACUGUCCAAUCAGAGAACGCAGAACAACUGGCGCCCUUCAGCUCCUACAAGAGUGUGGACACGCUGGAAGGAGACAUGGUUGAAAUUCUUAUCUGACCAGACGCUGUUGCUAACUGUGGCCUUCCUUUACUUUUUUUUAUUGUUGCUGUAUUGACAGUUGGAGGGAAAAGGAAUCAAGAGCUUGUAGCUGGACUAUAAAAAACCCUCUAAGAAAGCGACUUGUGCUGCAUCUGCUGCUGCUGCAGGAUAAAGACUGAGUGCUGAUUUUAUUUUGUGAACCUGAACCGGAUUCGUCUAGGAGGAGAGCUGCGCUAGCCCCAUGUGGCGGUCCGGCUGCAGUUGAAGGGGAAUGGGACUCAUACUGCACAGGCCUCACAUUUCUAUAAAUUGUUCUCCUUUUUGUGAUGUUUUAUUCUGCCUGGUGCAAGUGAUGCUGUGAAAAUGUUUGUACAACAUUGGACAGUAUUUCAUGUGGCCGCUGCUGCGUGCGUUCCGGGGUUGUGUGACUACAAAUCAGACUUUUUUUAUUAUUAUUAUUAUUAUUAUUAUUUGCUAGUAUGUUAUGAACUAUUUAUACUUCUCAAACAAGUGUGUGUGUGAGUUGUGUGUGAGUGUAUGCAUGUGCGAUUGCUCCUGCCCGUGUUUGAACUGCAUGUCUUUUCAUCUUCCCCUUUCUGUGUUUCAUGCUUUUUGGUCAUUUCUAGUUAGGCCAUUCUGUCCAUCUUGAGUGUUAUUUACAAUUAUUGGAAUCCACAUUUCUCUGUUGAACUGAAUACAUAACCCAUCCGAGUUCAGUUAGGCACACUCACCUCAUGUUUAGCCCACAUAUUUAUACCCAUUAAUCUUUAACAAUGAGCCAAUUGUUCUCCAUUCUCCACAUUUAUAUAUAUGCACACACACACAAAUUCAGUUCAGAGUUUUAGGGGCCAGAUAUUAUAUUAGCAACAUUGGAUACAAAGCAGGAACCAACCAUGGACAGUGCAUAUAUCUUAUUUUACAAACAAACCUUUCUUUUACAGCUAUAGACCUGCUUUUAAGCUCUUAAAACAAUUACAUUGAUCCCCCAAGGCUAGAAAGUAAGUCAGUGCAAAUUCCUCAAACUUUUCUCAUAAAUGUCUGGAGAACUGGGAAGACCUAAUGAAGCUGUAAACAUUCUGAGCGGUGUUUUGCUGCCAUUUGUGCUUCUUCUGGAAUCAUUUCUCAUCAGUCCAUGUUGGUGUCUCUCCAGAUGUUGUGCUGCAGCAGUUUGCCUUGUGCAUUAUUUGUUGCCAUUUGCACACUUUAUUUAUUUAUUUUUUUCUUUCUGUUCAUUUUGGGAUAAACCUGGCACAUUUUGUCCCUUACUGUCCUUUCCCAUGGAGGUGGAAGCUCACCUCAUGCAAACUUUAUAGCAGCUGGUCCUGCUUCCCUGAAGCUGUGUUUGAGUUUUAAGCCCACUUCUGACACCAUUGGGAACUGGAAGGCAGCCACAAAUCUCUCCCUAAUAUGUGAUCUCCUUCUGUCUUCAAUCUCCUUGUGUUUGUCUUUAUAUAUGUUUUUUUUUUUGUUAUUUUCUUCUCAUUUUCAAAUACACAGUAUUUGCUGGUCAGUGCUUUGUAUUGAAAGAAUUAGUUUGCCUUUUUACUCCUCAUUUUGUGCUUUGUUUACAAUAAUAUUGUGAAGCAAGAAAACUUAAUAUAUUUUAUAUAUUUGUAUUGUAUUCAUAUUUAGUGCCAUGGACAUCAUGCCAAAGACAAUAUGCAUUAUUAUUAAUUUAUAACAGGAAAUAUUUAAAACAGCAUAACUCUGUGACGAGGCGUUGGCACACUGCUCAUGCAGGAGUGCUGGCCAUUUCAAAUGCUCUGCUUGUACUUAGCUGCUGCUGUCAGCUGCCAGGCAGGGUGGAGUUUGUACUGAAAUGUCAAUCACAUUUCAUUAAUUAAAUAAAUUAAUAUAUGUGCAUACA